AUGGUAGUGGCAGCUGCCUGGGCUGCCCUGCUCCUUCCAGGGACAUUUCAGGGCGGAGCGCUAGCGUUGUCACAGGGCAUGGCGCGAUGGCCCGGGCGAAGGUGCUGCCUCGAUACUUCCGACAUCUUUGAUACCUUCGACAGCCUCCCUGCUCUGGCCAACAUGUCCACAUCCGAUCCUGUUGAUCCCGAUUACAUCAUGGAGGAGGCAGUCGUAUCUCCUGGACCGCUCUCGAACGAAGAAGCAGCCAGUGAAGUCAACGUGAACAACAUAGACCUGACCAUGCCACCAAUCUCUGACGACGAUGUUGACAACGAUGAUGCCGUCGGGCACAUCCACACACCACCGCCAAGAAUUGCCGCGCGUUUCUACCGCCCAACCCAGACCCGUCGCAAAGACUCGGCGGCAUCCUCACGGCGGAACUCCAUAUCCUCCGCCCAUUCGCGAUGUUCGUCCGCCCACAACUACACCCGCCGCAACAGCGACGGCCACCAAAGCAAAUUGAUUGCCCAACAUCUGCGGCGCACGUCGUUCCUCGAAGACCGCAAAGCCCGGCUCGCGGAUCGUGCAGCCCACGCUGAGAAGGUGCGCAUUCGAGCGGCCCUGGCGAAGGCGACGCCGAGAGGCACGUCCUCAUCAGAAGAACGCGCUCUUGCCGCUCAACAAGCGCGAGAGAAGAAGCUUGCCGAAAUCGUCGCCUCGUGCGCCGAGGAUGUCAAGAAGGCGAGGGCAGUCGCUGAGAGCAUGAAAGAGAAGCGAGAGACCGAGCUGGCUCGUGUCAAGGCACGGAUGGAAGAGCGCAUGGCCGAAGCCGAUCGCCGGCGAGAGGAGCUGAAAAAUCGCUCGGCCAGCAAACGCUUCCGAGGUCAGAGCUUGACGAACAAGAAGACCUCUCUAGACGUGCUGCCCGAAGACAACGAUGAUAAGGAUAGUGGCGAGUUCCCGCCCUCUUCGCCGCCAUCAUCGGCGAAGCGGGCCAAAGCAAAGCAAAGUCCUUCGUAUACCGAAGACGAGGCAGCAGGAAAGCUUCAAUGGUGGUGGCGGGCAGUGCAAAGGAAACGUGCAGUCGGCGAGUUUGCCGAGUUAGGCCUUACGGUUGACGGUAUCCGCGACACCACUUUCGACAGCGUCGUCGAUCUGCUCGGCCAAGAAAGAGUUCUUCUGCGGACAGCUCGCAUUCUGCGCAUCUGUGGUUUGCAGGAGGGUCAACCUGGCUCUGUUGGCGAGAUGGCAGCGGUCCGCACGUUCCUCAGCGCCUUCAUCAUCUUGGGCCAUCCGGCUCAGGUCCUGAGCAACAAGGAUGGCACAGCACAGCAGGAGCAGGUUGGAGCGCAGUUGCCCCAACCUAUGCCUCACGAUGAUCUUGCUAACCCGCAGUUACAGGAUCUCACGGUCAAAGAUAGUACCGACGAUGCCUCCCCGAGCCGUAUCGAAAGGGGCAAGAAGAUGAUCGCCGAUGCCGUGCGCCAGGCGCGCAAGGCUCGCGCCGCCAACAAACCCACUGCCGACAUGAAGCCACGCGUCUCGGACAGCGCCGAGGGCUCUGCUACCGCCGCGAGUCUCGUCUCUUCGGGAGAUCAGACAGUGACUCCGCCAGCGACACCACUGAAAGCCUCCACGAAACCCCAACCUCCACUGCCCAUCGUGUUGCCGCCUGGUUUGAGCGGACUUCUGCCGCAGAACCGAGUUGUUGUACACGAACUGGCUAUCAAUCGAGAGUACCGGAUUCCCGCCGAUGAAUAUUGCGAGCAUAGGGCGACCUUUCAGCAGCCACUUUUUGAGGGCAUGCGGGCUGAGCUUCACUCCAACGAAUCGGAGGCUGGCUUCAUGUACUUUGCGACAAUGAUGCGAUACUUCAAAGAGUCACUCCAACGACUGGUACGGCCAGGGGCAUUCAUGCACAAGACAAUCGGCGAGGUCCUUGACGUUGAGCUUGCAGAACAGCAGUUUCAGAUGGGAAGCUUUUCUUAUGAGAAAUUCUUCACAGCGGUUUCUUCUCUGUUGCCUAAGCUCUGCGCACCUUAUCGUGACGAGGAGUGCAAGGAUCUUGUGACAAAUAAACUCCAUCAAGGCACCUUGGUGGAUCGAGUAGAGGCGCUGACAGGCUUCAUCGACGUAAUGUUGUGCGACUACGUCAAUUAUAUGUUAUCGACGGCAGCCCCGCAGCUCAUUGAGUCUGGACCGCAGUACGAAGCCAAGAAGUUUGAUGAAGCCCUGGAAAAGGGGCAUCACAAGCUGACGGCAGCUGUUGAAGCGUGGCGUUCGGCACGCCUCAAGGUGCUUGCGGAAGCGAGCAAACGCGACCCUGAAGGCAUAAACCAUGCCAAGAACAGGCCAACGGCCGACAAAUUUUACGCGCAGAUGAUGGUCGAUCUCUUCACCCAAGCGCUGCCCAUUCGAGAGGAGACGGUGCCGGAAAUGCUCCUCUUGGACUACAAGAGGAUGCAGAGACUAUCACUGGCGUCACAGAGGAUUGUCACUGCAGCAGCGAUUCUUCUUCAAUGCAAGAACAUACUCAAACGCGACGUGCGGUCGCCGUGGAAGGCGGAGGCGGCUCGGAUCAUGCUGGUGCUCGAAGCGAAGCAUGACAAGAUGGAGACGACGGUACACGGCGUCAUGGUGGCACUCGAAGCAGGACGGACGAUGCCGGCGGCGACCAAGACACACCUACAGGCGCUUGUUACCAAGGUCGUUCAGGCAAGCCAGGACUCGAUCUUUAAUGGGGCCGAACCGCAGGAACCGGUGUUGCGGCUCCUGCUGACGCGACUUCGUGUCCACAUGUUUGCCAGGCUUGGCGCAGGGUCAGCCAGCGAGAAGGUCAAGGCAGCAAGCACAGCUGGUGAGCGUUUGGCGGGGCUCGGGCUUGCCGAGUUCGCGACGCAAGUCCGAGAGAUCGUGGACGAGCUGGCACGAGUCGGAGCCGUGGACCGCGCAGCACAUACGAAGUGGUGGGAGGCGGUUUCGGAGAAGGUGCAGCAAGAGGAGGCGGCGACCAGCACAACAGUGGCAUGA